CAGCGGCGCCGGGGUUGCUGUCUUGGCUCAGUUUCUGUCGACGUGGGAAAAGCGGCGCAAGAGCAAGCAACACUCAAUCGAUGGGUGUAUGCGCUUGAGAUGAUACGAGUGUCAUGCGAGAGGACGCGCGUCUCUGAAAACAGAUUCCAGCAUGUGGCUCAAACCCGAAGAGGUGCUUCUCAAAAACGCGCUGAAGUUAUGGGUGACGGAGAAAUCCAACGAUUACUUCGUGCUGCAGCGCAGACGCGGAUACGGUGAGGACAGCGGCGGGUUGACAGGCCUGCUGGUCGGAACUUUGGACACAGUUCUUGACUCCACAGCUAAAGUCGCCCCGUUUCGCAUUUUACACCAGACGCCCGACUCUCAGGUGUACUGGAGCAUCGCCUGUGGGGCAUCUUUAGAGGAGAUCUCACAGCACUGGGACUGGCUGCAGCAGAACAUCAUCAGAACUCUCUCUGUGUUUGAUUCUGGCGAAGACAUCACCAGUUUUGUCCAGGGAAAGAUAAGGGGUCUGAUAGCAGAGGAGGGCACAUCAGCCGCUGACGAGGAGGAUCCCGAACGCUUCCGGGAGGCUGUGCUGCGCUUUGAACGUCUGUUCGGUUUGCCUCAGAGAGAGAAGCUUGUGACGUAUUUCUCUUGCAGCUACUGGAGAGGACGAGUGCCAAACCAGGGCUGGAUCUACCUCAGCACCAACUUCCUGUGUUUCUACUCCUAUAUGCUGGGAACUGAGGUGAAACUGGUGUAUCCCUGGGAUGAGGUGAGCCGCCUGGAACGUACGUCGAGUGUGUUGUUGGCAGAGAGCAUCCGUGUGUGUGUGCGUGGAGAGGAUCAUUUCUUCUCAAUGCUCCUGAGGCUCCAGCAGACAUACCUGAUAAUGCAGCAGCUGGCCGACUACGCCAUUGUGCGCUUCUUCGACAAAGAAACAUUUAAUGCUGAACAUCCACUUGCCAACCCUCUUCACAUCACACAGAGGGCUCUGGAAAUCCAUGCACGGAAUCAGUCAUUUCGAGCAUUUUUCCGGUUGCCGCAGGAGGAGAAUCUUUGUGAAGUGCAUGAGAGUUUCCUCUGGGUUCCAUUCAGCCAUGUCAAUACGCUUGGAAAAAUCUGUGUCUCUGAGAACUAUCUGUGCUUUGCAAGCCAAGAUGGGUCUCCGUGCCAUCUCAUAAUCCCUCUAUGGGAGGUGUUUAGUGUGGAGCUGCCAGAUCGCGGUAGUCGUGCCCUGACUGUGUGUCUUCGUGGCAAGAGAGCUUUGCGUUUUUCUGAGGUUCGGGAUUUUGAGCGACUUGCUGCCACCAUCCGCAGAAAGUGUGGGACAGCAGGAAGCCCCCAGCACUACAUCAGUAAUCCGGAUGAGCAGGGUGUUAUGGUGGGGCAAAGUCAAGCCGUCAGCACUGAAGCUCUUAUGAACGUCUUUCAUCCACAUGAUGCAGAAAACCUUGACCCCAAAAUGCUGAAGGAGAGAAUGAAGGAGCAGUCGUGGCAGAUCCAUUUUACUGAAUAUGGCCGUGGAACUGGAAUGUUUUGCACCAAAAAAACAGGGGAUCUCAUUGUACGAGGAGUUCCAGAGACCCUCAGAGGAGAACUGUGGAUGCUCUUCUCAGGUGCAGUACAUGACAUGACCUCUCACCCCGGAUACUAUGGACGGCUGUUGGAGGAGUGUAUGGGCAGCAGCUCGCUUGCGUGUGAUGAGAUUGAGAGAGAUCUGCAUCGCUCACUCCCAGAACACCCAGCAUUCCAGAGCGACACUGGAAUCUCGGCUCUUCGCCGCGUCUUGACUGCCUACGCUCAUCGCAACCCCAAAAUCGGCUACUGCCAGGCGAUGAAUAUCCUGACGUCUGUGUUGCUGCUGUAUGCUAAAGAAGAAGAGGCUUUCUGGCUGCUGGUCGCUGUGUGUGAACGAAUGCUCCCAGACUACUUCAACCGUAGAAUUAUUGGAGCCCUGGUGGACCAGGCUGUGUUCGAGGAACUUAUCCGUGAGCAUCUAACCCAGCUGACCGAACACAUGACAGACCUGUCAUUCUUCUCGUCAGUGUCGUUGUCAUGGUUCCUGACUCUCUUCAUCAGCGUACUGCCAAUAGAGAGCGCUGUGAAUGUUGUCGACUGCUUCUUUUAUGAUGGUAUCAAAGCCAUUCUGCAGCUUGGCCUUGCUGUCCUUGACUACAAUAUGGACAAUCUUCUUUGUUGCCAUGACGACGCAGAAGCUGUCACAGUCCUCAACAGGUUUUUUGACAGUGUCACAAAUAAAGACAGUCCCCUGCCAGCUACAGUACAGCAGGCAUCUGCAACAGCCAAUGACAAAUCAAUACAAAAGGUUGACAUCAGCGAUCUCAUCAAAGAGGCAUAUGAGAAAUAUGGAGACAUUCGAACAGAGGAAGUGGAAAACAUGCGGAAGAGGAACAAGCUGUAUGUCAUUCAAACACUAGAAGACACAACAAAACAAAAUGUACUGCGUGUUGUUGCUCAAGAUGUGAAAUUCAGUGCUGCUCAACUGGAUGAGCUCUACAUGCUUUUUAAGAAGCAGCACUUUGUGAGCUGUUACUGGUCAGUAUGUAGUCCUGCCCUGCAGAACCAUGACCCCAGCCUGCCAUAUCUGGACCAGUAUCAGCUAGAUCAGUCCCAGUUUAGUAGCCUGUUUAACCUCCUGCAGCCGUGGACCACACACACGCAUGUGCGCUCACUGGCACGAUCAGCCUUCCGGCUUCUGGACGAGAAUGGAGACGGACUUGUGAACUUCAAAGAAUUCAUGUGCAGUCUGGAUAUCCUGUACAACAGACCUUUCACAGAAAAACUAAAAUUUCUCUUCAAAAUGCACCUUCAACCAGGGACCCAGCAGUGUACGAUUUUACCGUCGUCUAGAUUUUUUCCUCCGGCUGAAGAUCACUCUUUCUCUACUCGUCUUUCUGACUCUGCAGAGGAUGGAGUGAUCAGAAAAUGUCCAGAGAGAGGUCGUGCUAAAGUAGAUCUGCAGGAAUAUCUGAAACAGUGGCAGGAAGACUUGCAGCGGAGAGAGGAGAAUAUUAAAGAUCUGCCCAGAAUUCAUCAGGUGCAGUUUAUUGGUUUGACGAAGACACUGUACGGUGUGUUCCAUGGCAACGAGGAGGAGGAGAGUCUGUACCGUGCUGUGGCGCGAGUGACCAGUCUUCUGCUGCGCAUGGAGGAGGUAGGGCGGAAGCUACAGGAGAGCAGCCCUCAGAAAACGCCCCAAAGUACACCCACCAGCACGGCUCAGCCAGAGACCUCCCCAACAUUACCCACCAGCCCUGAGACCGAAACCCUCGCCGAGGGUGAAGGCGACCAACCCGAGUCUCAGGCCAAUCAACAAGAAACUGCCCCAUCCCACUCUGACAUUACCCCGACCUCAACCUCACGUCCUUCCACGCCCACCAGCAGUCCCACCGGAACCAGCAGCCCCGUGUUGGACACGCCAACAGACACCCCCAGCUCGCCCUCUGCAGUCAGAGACGGGGACUGGAGUUUCUCCUUCGAGCAGAUUCUUGCGUCUCUCCUGAAUGAACCGUCUGUCGUUCGCUUCUUCGAACGGGCCAUUGACACAGAUUCUCUGAUCGGACAUGCACGCAAAAACCAGCUUAAAGAUGCACACUAACACACUAUAUCAGAGCAAUCACAGCAAAACACUGCCCUUAAAGCCAUAAACCCUCUCCCUUCCUCUUUCUCUUUUCUGUGCGACUUGUACAGGUCAGUGUUUGUGAAACGCUUAUGUCCGUUACAGAUGAGGAAAUUGUUUUAUUUAUAUACAGAUGCACAAGUACAAAUCAAAGGGACCCCCAAGAAAAUAAUUGAAGUAUAAAAUGUUCAGAGAUUGCACAGUAUGAAGAAAAACAGGUAUUUUGAUGUAAUAUAGAUGAGGUAUUAUAUUAUAAAUAAUAUAAAUGGCAAUGUGUGAGUUGGGAUGACGGCAUGAAAAGGCUUUGCCUGCUUUAUCCAUUAAGUAACCUCGAAACAGCUCACAUGCACUACGUCUGUCAUUCCCAGCCUGACAUGUAGGACCACAAAAGGAAGGAUGAUUGUAAGGGAAAUCAACUGCUAAUGGCUGAAAAAAUUCUAUUGUUUGAGAAUUCAUUCAAAAUAUCUUGUUCCAUAACACGCAUGUCGCUUUACAUUACGUAACUUGCUCGAAUGAGCUAUGAAAUUCUUUCCUUCUUUCUGUAGAGGCUUGAUUAGGAAUGCCCAGAAUGGUUAUGCUAAUGAGGAGGCGGAGUUUAGUCCACAUCAUAUCACAUUCCACUGCACUGAUGGUCUGUAUUAUUCCAGAUUAUAGUCAUGUAAUUCUGAUUCACUGAAUGUGUUUGUGUCUACAAACCGAAAUCUGUGGUUUAUGCCUUAUUGGUUUUUGAUUCAGGACUUCAGUACGAUCACAAGUGCUUCCAUUUAAUGAAACCUAUUUCAUCUUUAAACAUGUUUCGCAAUCGUUUUGGAGAUUAGUAUCAAAAUAUAUUUGAAUUUUGUCAUAAAACAAGAAAUAUAUUUUCUGUCAUUAUUUUACAGAUUAAAAAAAUAUCAUAGAGAACAUACUGAAAUGCUUUAGCAAGAAAAAUAUUUAGAACUGUUGCGCUGUAAAUGAUAUGCAAAAAGUGUAUAAGUAAUUAUUCUGUCAGUUCAUGUAGUCGGAAGCUGUAAGAAACAUUAAGUGAUAAAUCACUUCACCUAUCAUAAGAGUUGUUGUAUGAUGCUUAAAAUGGACAAAUGGAUAUGCAGAAUCGUUCUUAAUUUAGAAUUUUGUGUAAAUGUUGAGAGCUUGUGGUGAUGAGUGCAAGAAAGGGAAGUUGGUGUUUUGUGGUUAUUCCGUUUGACGUUGUGUCAGGUCUACACCGGCUAAACAAAGUUUUUCGUUCUGUGUGUAAUAAAGUAAUUAUGUUCUUCUGAAGCUAAAGGCACCUCAGAGUAGGAAGCCGUAAUGCGUAUUUUCCAUUCGAUUGGUUGGUCAUCUAAGGAAGCUGUUGUUUUGGUUUUGUAUUCUUGCACACUAACCACAAAUUCCAUAGAAAUACUUGCAGAAGGAGUUGCAUUGAAAGAUAAAUGAUUAGUAUUACAUCUCAGAGUCGCUCUCGUACUGUUCUUGCUGAACAUUUGAUGUUCGCUUCAUGUACUUCAGGGUAAUAGUGUGGUCGGUUUAAUUUUUAGUUUUUUUAAUGUUUUUUUUUUGUCUUAAAUAUAUAACUUUGUUACAAUCUGUUUGUGCCUCAUAAACUGUCACAUUAUGAAAAUGUAAU